GCGAACUCACCACCUGCAAAUAUUGUUGCUGUGAUUUACCGGUCACCAAGGCGACGGCCGGUCCCGGGCUCCUUAUCCCGACGAGGCCGGGAUGAGUCAGUUGGACUGCUUUGGUUUCACAUGAACUUCUUGCUCACACCCAAUCUAGAGCAGGGACGCAAAUCCUUAUGGAAAAUGGAUUCAUAGCGUCGCUCUACUUCCCUGCGGGUGUUUCUGUGCAUCAUCCCCCUCCAGGUGUGUGUGUGAGCCCCACCUAUACUGAGAGGGAGGGAACCAGCAGGUAGAAGGAGCAGGUUUCUCUGCUCUUACCCAACCUUUUGAUGCAAAGAGAACAGCGAUCUUCUGUCUCAGACCUCGGUGACUCCAUCGCGCUCCACCCGACCUCAUCUGGCGCUCUUCCUGUUAGCCGGGGCAGAAAUAUGGCACCAGCAGAGGAGGAGCAGUGAGCCGCUCGUUUAGUGCAAAGCGUCCAGGCAAAAAUCAAGGCUUUUGCCGUGGGAUUCGAAAGGCAUCGACUCCCAUGCCUCAAAAGGUAAAAGGAAAAUAUCUUCUUUAUCAAAGGACGUUGAAAAAGGAAGGACAGGAUCCCCAAGUUGAUUACUGACUAAAUAUGAAGAUGGCCUUUUCAUCAGCGAUGCACCUUCUCCCUGUGGUCCUCCUCUUCUACGUCCCUCUCACCUGUCUAUGCCAGACAGCCAACGGCAACACCAGCAACACCAUAACCACCUCCGCUCCCUCUUCAAAUGUUACAUUCCCAAAGGACGUGCCAGGCUGCGGCAGAGAACUGAACCUCAUCUACAGGCACCUGUGCGACCGUCGGGCGGCGUGGGGCAUCGUGCUGGAGACGCUGGCCUCCGCGGGCUUCCUGUUCAGCUUGGGUCUCCUCCUGGCCCUGCUGGUCUGGUCCCUGUGGAUCUGCACUUCAUCGAGGAACCAGCGCGGCAGCAUCGGAGGCACGGUGGCCAGCAUGACCAUGUUCUUUCUGGCCACAGCUGGGAUCUUUGCCAUCACCUUCUCCUUCAUCAUCCGCCUCACCCCCGAGACCUGCCCCACCAGGCUCUUCCUCUUCAGCGUGCUCUUCGCCCUGGCCUUCUCCUGCCUGCUGGCUCGCUGCCUUGCUCUGCUGGGCUUCGGGGCGGCCCGCGGCUGGGGGGAGCCCGCCCUGGCCCUGGGGCUCUUCACCGUGCAGGUCAUCAUCUCCACCCAGUGGCUGAUUGUCGUGUUGGUCCGGGACAAGAAGCCCUGCGAGCACAGCCAGGAGGAGUUCGUCAUGCUGCAGAUCUACGUGCUGUGCCUGCUGGCGAUCAGCCUGAUCCUCUCGCUGCACUUCCUGCGCCGCUCCUGCUCCACGUACAGCUACAGCUACACGGGGGCCGUCCGCCAGCAGAGCCGAGCACAUGCCACCAUGCUCUUCCUCACGCUGCUGCUCUCCGCCUGCGUCUGGGUGGUGUGGAUAGCGAUGCUCGUCAGGGGAAACCCCGAACUGGGCCGGCGGCCUCAAUGGGAUGACCCGGUGGUCAGCAUCGCCUUGGUGACAAAUGGCUGGGUGUUACUGAUUGGCCACGGGUUGUUCCAGGUGGCCUGGUUCUGCAGGGGGGAGGCCAAGUCCAAGGAUAUCCCUCUGAGCUUUGCAGGUUGGACCAGCCCCAGUGCAGACAUCCCAGGGCUGGCCAGCCAGAAGCACGGGAGAGAAAACGGAAGCUUUGAGAGCGAUAGUGACAAGAGCAGAGGCGGGAGGCUUGAGCAAUCUCUGCGAUCACCCUACGAUGGAUUCUCUGUGUCAGAAGUUGACACAGAGAGAGAUUACACCAUUCCGCGCCCGCAGACCACCAACUAUCGGGAACCUUAUGAAUAUUAAUUAAAAAUCACUCACACAAACUGAUCGAUAACAUGAAUCCAAACUGCGGGUCACUCAUGCACUAAUGUGUACCCGGGACAUGCUAUUCCUAUGUUUUGUUUUCUUGUGCAACUGUAAAUAUAAUAGUAUUUUAAAUGUGCUACUAGGAUUUAAAAUAUAUCACAAAAGUAAUUAAAGAGAAGAUUAAAAAAACAGACAGAAUGACUCAUCUGCCUGUGGAGGGUGAACGGGUGCAGAUUGUCUUUCUUCUGGUGGGAAACCCACAUAAAAAGCUUCCCAGAAGAAGGGAGUCUUCAUGACCGUGUGCGUGCGUGUGCCUCUGAGAUGGCGUGUAAUAGCCCCGAGGUGAUGGAGGAGGCGUGAAACUGUCACUCUGAAGGUGCCAAACUGCUGAGUGGGGAAGAGGCUUCCGUGAACAACAGAGAGGAGCGAGGGAGAUGAGAUGAGAUGAGAUAGGACACCACAGGAGCCGGGAUGGGACCGUGGUAGACUCGUGCCAUCACUGCUUAACAUCAUGCUCAGAGUGUCCUCGCAGGCUCCGCUAAGUUAAAACAGUGGCUGUUUUCUGCCUGGAUAAAACACAAGGACGCGCUUUACUCCUUUAACGCCACGUGCUCUAAAUAAAAGGAUUCAUCUGUGAAACGA